UUGGACUUGACCGUGGGGUUGCCAGGGAGCCAGCUCCAUAGCAACAGGAUCAAGAGGUGGCAGCAUGAAAAUGAAGCUUCUUCCGAGUCAAAUCAGAUUUGGAUCCAAACAGAUUGUAUUUAAUUAAAAAUGCCUUCAACGAUGAUCCUGAAGCCCAAACCAGCGGAGGUGUCGAAGAAGAACAAACCUGUGAGGCCGACAGCAGCCUGCAGCCGGGCAGGCGGUCAGCUUCAAGCGCCCUCCGUGCGUAAAACCCGCGCGUCAAGCUGCUCCAGGGGCCCGCAGCAGCGGGACAAGAGCCAGAGGGGCCCCACAGUAUCAAACACAGGGGGCCAGGAGUGCAAACUGACCUGCGAGAAGAGAGUCAGGUCCGCAUCCUUAGCCCCCAAACCAUCGGGAGCCAAACCCGCGGAAAGAAGCACCGGAACAGAGCCGGGGCGCAGGAGGGCCUCCAGCUCUGUGAGGCAGGCUGAUGCCAACCCGACCCUCCACAGCCGGGGGCCCACCGGGGGUCCGGCUGUGAAGGAGCUGCGGUGCUCCAGGUCUGAGGGGAAGAAACUGAUCCAGAGUCACAAAGCUUUCACCGUCAUCCCUCCGGACCCAAAGAAACGAAAAGAGAUCCAGAAAAAGGCAGAGGCGGAGCUGGCUGCUUUGGAGGAGCUGCGUCUGAGCAGAGCUGUGUCCUACGUGUCCAUCGACCCCAGCACCGUCGGCGGCUGCAUGAGUCUGGAGGAAGUACGGCUGAAGCAGCAGCAGGAAAUGAUGCAAGCAAGGAGGAAACAGAAACAGAUGAAGAAGCAGAUGAUAGAGGAAACGUCGGUCCUGAUGAGGUGACCGAGCGGCUCGUCUUCUUUUUGUCUCAACUGGCUGCUAAACUUUUGCUAAACACAGCUAUAGACAUAUAACCCACGGUUCUGGUCCAAGGUUUCCAUCCACUCAUCAAACACUUGAAUAUCAAAAUAACUUUUUAUCUUGAAGCUAUUUAUCAGGUCGUUUCUCUAUUUCCUGGGUUAAUUAUCCAAAGUCAAACUGCUUCAGGGAUUUUUUUAACAAGAACUGAACAGAAAUGUAUUCAUAUUAUGGAUUCUCUCUUACAUGCUCCAAAUCAGGACAGACUCAUCUAUAUCCAAACAGCUCCACUAACAUUUAGUUGAAUGUUUUCUGCAUCAUUCUGGCUGUAAACUGAACCAACGUUAUUGGCAGAAAUGAGAGGUUAUUUAGAUCGGUCGACUUUCCUCCUUUAUUUUUUAUCCACUUUAUGCAAUGACAGCGAAACAUCCCUUAGCAUUAUGCUUCCACCACCGUGCCCCGCUCUUAGGUUAGGAAAGGAAUUGUUAUCACUGAAUUAUAAAAGGCAGUUAGAUGGUCCAUAACAGCUGUUUCUUUGGUUCCUGUCCGCAUUGUGGACAGUGUUUGGUCCUGUUUCCUUCUAGGUAAUUCAAGAAGUUGAGACUUGGACGUAGUUUUGCAUUCUGACUUGAGGAGUUUCUAAAGUGUAACCUAAAAAAUCUGGAAUGGAUCCGACUGCUUGCAAAUCUGUGGACUGUUUCCUGAAAAAAUAGAAUCUGCUCCAAAUAUCCAGGAGAUUUAAAUGAACUAGCAGUUCAGCAAGGAGGAGGCUUAAUUAUUCCGUUAUAAUGAUGCCAGAAGCUGCAACAUGGGAUUUCUCUGCUACCUGCUGAUGAAAAUUUAACCAAAGAUCAGAUGGGACCUCUGCAUAGUCCUGAAAGCCACAGGUGUCAAGUAACCAAGUUUAAGUACUUAGUUACUACUCUUAUAUAACAGUGUUCACACUUUAGUAUUUAUUUUUCUAAGGACUUUUUACUUUUACUGACUACAUUUGACACAAUUAUCAGUAUUUCUGUUCUUUAUUUUCUCCAAACUGGCUCGUUACUUCUUAAUAUACGGAUAACAACAUGUUGCAAUAAACAGGGGAAAUCAGGAGGAUCAUCUGUCCGACUGGAGCCUGAUAAGUUCAAUCAGAAAAACGCACAAGGAGAGAAACGACAAAUAGGAGAAAUUUAUUGAUACAAUUACUUGGUCUUGUUGCUCAGACCUCGGCAGGAUACAUAGCGCUGAAUUUUGUUUGAUAUGCAUGAACAGGAGCAAAGAAAA